CUCAGUAGUCGGAUGGCUGCAUAGGCCUGAAUACACACGACUGCCAUAGUCGACUGUCGAUGUCUAAACCGCUUUACUUCUGUCCAUCAUUUAUAGUAAGAAGCUUCGGGUGAAUAUCAACGUUCCUAUGAAAUCUGAGCUGAAGGUUGAACAAGAACAGACUCACAAACACAUAGAGGAGGAUAGGAAAUUGCUCAUUCAGGCUGCCAUCGUUCGGAUCAUGAAGAUGCGUAAAGUCCUGAAGCAUCAGCAGCUUCUUGGAGAGGUGUUGACGCAGCUGUCAUCUCGCUUUAAGCCUCGUGUGCCUGUGAUCAAGAAAUGUAUCGACAUCUUGAUAGAGAAGGAGUAUUUGGAGAGAGUUGAUGGCCAGAAGGACACCUACAGUUACCUGGCUUAGCUCAGCCUUAUCCUGGCUCUUGCAACACACUCUGCCUGCCUUGUACAGCCAACUCCUGCGCCUUUUGAUGUAUACUGACGAGCAAAUGAGGAUGCUGCAAGUAUUUGGGACAUAGUCUGCAUUGAUUUUUCGCAUCCGCGGUCUCCGGACCUUGACAUGGAAAGUUAUCUCUGAAUCUCGAACAAAGGCCAUCGGCUGCGCUCGUUUUUUGCGUCCCUUUAUGUAGACGUGUAGGUGUGUCAGACAAUGCGGCAUCUUUUUAUCAAUUUUGUUCUGAGCGAGUUUUAAUGUUCACCCUUGAAAGAAAUUAGCAUGCCAUGUAUAAUGGUGCGUAGCAUCAUAGCGUGGUGCAGGGGAGGUGGGAGGGGGGGAAGCACCUCUAAUGCCGAGUGUGUGCUACUGUGAGUUGUAUUGUUGUUGAAGAAAGCACUUUUCAACGUGUUUGGUGACCAGUCUCAACUUUUCCUUAAAUCUUGAUGAAUUCAUUGCUUUUUGAUUUUGAUGAAACAUAUUUUCACUGUUAGCAAAAUGACUGCACGUCAUUCUCAGAUUGAUUUGCUUAUUAGCAGAAGUUUUACAGACAUCAUCGGCCCUUCUCCGCUGCCAUCGUUCCUGGCCGCCCUUCCCCAUGUUUUUCCUCGUGUCAUUGCUUCCCAUAGCAAACCCUACACUGAUGCUAUUGCAGUUUGCUUUUCUACAAGAUAAGGCUGUAUCAUCGGUACAUGUGUUAAAACAGUGCAGUGCAGGCGAGCGAACGAGACCUCAGUCUAAGUAACGUCAGAUUUAACGCCAAUGGGUUGUGCCCGCGUGGCUGAAUAAGGCAAGGCUAGUGAUGCUACAUGCAUUUGUUCAUUACAGGAGUUGAAAUGCAGUAGGCGCGCGGUGGCAUCUUGCUUAGAAAAGGGCCAGUUCAUAACAGCGGCACUCCGGACGCGCGGUUGUGGGGUAGGCCGAUGGCGUGCUUUUUUUGUAUUAUUUAUUUGUAUGAAGGACCGACGUGAAAAUUCUCUUGCUGUCAAAUCGGGGGGGCUGACACUGCCGCGCACUAACGCGCUGCAUUGACCUUUUAAUUGGCACUGGUUGUACUGCUACUUGUGGUCCUAGUGGGAAAGUAUGUGCUGUGUUUUUAAUUCGACGACGAAGGGUUCCGGUUUCGUCACGCACGUCGAUCGCAAGGCACUCUGUGAUUGUACUUGGUGACGACGUAUGCGGUGCUGGACUGCAGUGCCCUCCUGUCAACAUGCCAACUUCAAUGGCUGAAGCAAAGUGACUGGCUCGUGCGAAAUUCUCUAAGACGAAUUUUACUGCGCCAUAAAAUCAUGUACCUCCGUGAAUUAAGUGAGCUUGUGCACCCGGCGGAGUGAGUAGGCACUCGUGCAAUAACCGAAUUUUCGACGAGUGGCUUACUAUUUCUAUUGUUGCUGCUACUGCUGCUUCCGCUGCCAAAAUAGCUGGCAAUGCAGUGCCGUGUAGUUCGGGCAGUAACACAAAAAAAGUACAAAAUAUUGUAAUAUAAACAUGCUUGCACAAUGUCAGGGAGUGGUGUAAGACAGUGCCAGAGUGCAGUGCGACCGUGGCAAAAACCACCGGUAGUUCGUGAUUUAUCAGACUGGAGUUGGCCGGUUGUGAGGGUCAGACCCGCGCAGUGUUAACGUGCGUUCCUCCCCCCACGAUAUUGCAAUUGGAUUUCAACCGUGUUUGACAAUGCGAGGUUGUCGGUAAUUUGCUACUAGCACCGGCGCGGUGUGACUACGAGUUGUCGUACCCGCUUGUGUCACGAACGACCAGGAGUACGUCGCACCUUGUCACCUCUUGCUUGCAGCCUACCUUGGCAGGCAGCUAUCAGCUGCACCUAGCUCAGCCACGAGGGGACUGGACGGAAGGUUGUAGCACUGGUGUUUGCGCCAGCGUGCUUACUUGGUGUAACCCUGUGUGGCAAGGUCAUCUAGGCGAGCUCGCCUUUUGUUAAAAACAGCAUCCCAGGAAGAGCAACGCACUCGUGCCGAGCAGGGUACUCAAAGUAGCUAUCAAGCACUCGGCGCAAAACUCCCACUUUUGAAGUUCUAAGCUUAUAUAUAUAUAUAGUCAUUACAAUUAAUAAUAUAACAAUUUGUUAGGUGACAGUCGGUUUCUUAAGAAGACACUUGUACAGAAACGUAGAAGUAUUAAAUAUCUAUUAUUACGUUUUAGUGUUGGAAUAUUAA